CCCAUCCAUGCUACAGUAGUACCGCCGUGCGGCUCGAGGAUACAACGAAAGAAGUGAGAACGUCAAGAAAGCAGGGCACCAGAAGAAUUACUGUGUGAUCAAAGUCACGCACUGGUAUCUAUUUCUAUAUAUGCCAAGUUUCACCACCCGCAUCUGUUGCUGUGAGCGGUGCGGAGAAAGCCACACACGAGGGCAGAAACAGAAAGCGGGCCAAAAACGUCACUUAAUCUCUCACAUUGCCAAAAAGGAUUGAUGAGCAUCCCCAAGAAGAAACCAUCAACUGCCGCCUCUUCGAGCCGACGCAAGUCUAAACUGACCCUCCAUCCCAUCUCGAUUUUUUCCUUGACCAUUCUCGUCCUGGCGGUCUUCACAAACAUCACCAGCACCUCCAUCCCCCGGCGCCUGGGUCUCAUUCUAAACCACCUCAACCACAACUUCCCUCGCCCCUCUUCAACGGUCCACCCCGCCAUCACCACCGCCAUCACCACCGCCAACCCCACUACCACCACCAACACCAGAAUGGCUUCCCCUUACGCGCGUGAGCUCGAGAUCGCCCAGCUGGCCGUGCAGCGCGCCGCGAUCCUCACCAAGCGCGUCUUCCACGAGAAGGCCAAGGGGACCGUCUCCAAGGACGACGCCUCGCCCGUCACGAUUGGCGACUUUGGCGCGCAGGCGCUCAUCAUCGCCGCGCUGCGUGCCAACUUCCCCGGCGACGCCAUUGUGGCCGAGGAGGAGGCCGCGCAGCUGCGCAGCGACGACAAGCUGCGCGAGCCGAUCUGGGGGCUCGUCCGGGACACCAAGCUGGAGGACGACGCGGCCGAGCGGCUGCUGGGCGGCGGGGUGAAGGAUGUGGACGACCUGCUCGAGGUCCUCGACCUCGGGCGGAGCCCGGGCGGCAGGAAGGGGCGGGUGUGGACGAUCGACCCGAUCGACGGGACCAAGGGGUUCCUGAGGGGCGGGCAGUACGCGCUGGCGCUGGCGCUGCUGGAGGACGGGGACGUCAAGGUGGGCGUGCUGGGGUGCCCCAACCUGCCGGUCGACGACGAGGCGCCGUUGGCGGCGGAUAUCGGGGCCAACCAGACGGACGCGGAGGGGAGGGGCGUCAUCUUCUCGGCCGUGGUGGGCCAGGGUGCGACGAGCCGGCCGCUGGGGACCGGCGGGCUCGCGCAGGGGAAGCGGAUCAAGAUGAAGGAGGUCACCGACAUGGCGAGCGCCAGCUUCUGCGAGAGCGUCGAGUCCUGCCACUCGAACCAGUCCGAGGCUGCGCAGAUCGCCCAGAGGCUGGGCAUCACCAAGCCCAGCGUCAGGAUGGACUCGCAGGCCAAGUACGGCUCGAUCGCCCGCGGCGCUGGCGACAUCUACCUACGCCUGCCGACCUCCAAGACGUACCAAGAGAAGAUCUGGGAUCAUGCGGCCGGGGACCUGAUCGUUCGGGAAGCGGGUGGCCAGGUGACCGACACCAAGGGGCAGCGUCUCGACUUUGGCGUCGGCAGGACGCUGGCGACCAACAGCGGCGUGAUCGCCGCUCCCGCCGCAGUCCACGGACGCGUUCUCGAGGUCGUACAGGAAGUGCUCGGGCUGAAAUGAAGCCAAAUCUUUCUUGUCCAUCUGAACGCCCCAAUAAUGUACAUAUCUAUGGCACAGACACAAGAUACAGCGCCACCCAAAAAAAAUAUCCCGGCGGCGGAGAAUAUAGCUAGACAUACACAACAUACUGACCACCAAUGCCUCGUCUAUUUGAUCUUCUUUUGCUUCAGCUUGAUGGUCUCGUCGUUGAUGAAGAUUCCCUUGCCCUUGUACGGCUCGGGCACCCUCCACCUGCGGAUCUUGGCGGCAAACUGCAUGAUCUUC